AUGGUCGCCGCUAUCUAUCCCUCCGUGAGGACAUCCUCCCUCGUCCUUCUCGGCUUGCUGCUAUACAUUCUUGGCGCUGUCGCUGAGGAUCCUGUGUCUUUCUUCAAAUCGCGACCCGACAUCUAUCCUCCGAUCUUCAAAGUUGAACACAGCGACGAAUCAAAGCUCAGUCCCGGUUACAUCUUCAUUACGCCCUACGAGGCCCAGAACCCGGGUCCCUAUAUUUUUGACAACAAAGGAGAGCUAGUAUGGAGCGGUUGGGGUGUCUCUGGACCGGGCAAUGCUCACGGAUUCCACGUGUGCAAAUAUAAGGGCGCCGACCACUUGUGCUUUUUCCAGGGCAACCAGCAGAAAGGCUACUGUCGCGGACAUGGCAUUAUCAUGGACAACAGCUACCGCAUCGCGCGAUCCGUCCAACCAGGCGGCGGAAUGGCAUCUAGCGACAUGCACGAAUUCAUGCCGAUCAACGACGGAAAAUCAGCCCUGAUGACCGUCUACCAGCAGCGACAGUUCGACAUGACUCCCUGGAAUAUCAAGACCGGUGUGGGUUGGCUCAUGGAGAGUGUGUUCCAGGAGGUGGACGUGGAGACGAGCAAGGUGCUGUUUGAAUGGCGGUCUCUUGAUCACGUUGAUCCGUCUAUGAGUUACACCUACCCCGCCCAUACAGAUACCUCUGGAACCGGAUUGAACGUCCACGAGCCCUGGGAUUACUUCCAUAUCAACUCGAUCGACAAGAAUGCCGACGGUGACUACUUGAUCUCGUCGCGACACACUUGCGCUAUCUACAAGAUUUCCGGAAAAGACGGGUCGGUAGUUUGGAGAUUGCAUGGCGCGCAACCCACCUUCCGCAAUAUAAAUUUCAGCUUCUCGCAGCAGCACGAUGCGCGCUGGCUGUUUGAGAAUGCCACCCACUCCGUCGUCUCACUAUAUAAUAACGGAUAUAACGGGUACAACCGCACUCACGCCUACUCUGGGGGAAUGAUCAUUCUGAUCGACCACGUGGAUAACACGGCUCUGCAGAUUCGCGACUAUCGCCCUUUGAUCCAUGAUCUGAUUAGCUCCAGUCAGGGCAAUCUUCAGCGUCUACCGAACAAGAACGUGAUGAUGGGCUGGGGAAAUAAUCGUUAUAUCUCAGAACAUGACGAAGAAGGGAACAUUGUGUUCUGGGCUGAGAUUGCCGCUGACCCAGUCAUGAACUAUCGUGCCAUGAAAUUCGAGUGGGAUGGUCAACCUACCGAUUCCCCUGCCCUUUGGACGUACUCUCGAACUGGGGAUCCCUUCUCUCCCACCACAUUCUAUGUCAGUUGGAACGGCGCCACGCGCGUCAAGGACUGGCGAUUCUUCGGUGCCUCCAACAUGACCGGACCGUGGACACUAUUAGACAAUAUCGAGAAGACCGGGUUCGAGACCGAAUAUACCAACGCCAGCUUCUACCCGUGGACCCGCGCAGAGGCCAUUGACCAGAACGGCGCAGUCCUCGGCCGGUCCGAGAUCAAGUAUACCUUCGUCCCUUCGCCAGAGCUGCGCGAGUUCUGCCAAGACGAAACUUGUCUGGAUGCUCCUGGAUACGGAUUCCCUGGCGAGGAACAUGCUGAACCGUUCAUCCCGCCCGCAGGCGUCAACACAGUGCCAUGGGUCGACCCCGAGCACGACGGAUCCAUCUGGCAAUACCCCUCUAGCUCCCCGCAUGUUGAAGGCCCAGUCUACGAGAAGCCCUGGACCUCCAAACCUCGCUAUCUCUGGGCGGGUGUCGUAAUAUUGUCACUUACGUUCAUCGGCGGAGGCUACUACGUCUUCCGCUACUGUCAACAUCAGCGGCUGGAUCCGCUAGAUGAUCAAGAAUCAGCGGAACCGUUGAACGGUAUGGCUGAGUCAAAAGACCGCCGUUCCAGCGAUCUACCGUGGUGGAAUUGGAAGCGGUGGACCGGAGGAGAUGAAGGUCACUAUUUCCCACUUGCGGAUCGCAGUCCGAACCACAGACGACAGCGGACGGAGUAG